GAAUUCGACAUAAGACUACAGCUGAUUAGCUCAAUUGGACAUUGACAUUUGUGAUCUUGUGUACGUGUUUUUGGAUGUUUUGGCUCCAAAUAGCAAAAUAAAUUUUCUUCAAGUAAUUUUAUUAUAGUUAAAAUGGAAUGUUCUUUAUUGGAGCCUAUGCUGUAUACUGUGAAAGGUAUUGCAAUUCUGGACAGUGACGGGAAUAGAAUAUUGACCAAAUAUUAUGAUAAAAGUAUUUUCCCGACACCUAAAGAGCAAAAGACUUUUGAGAAGAACUUGUUUAAUAAAACCCAUCGAGCCAACGCAGAAAUUAUUAUGCUAGAUGGUCUUACUUGUGUGUAUAAAAGCACUGUUGAUUUAUUCUUUUAUGUCAUGGGAAGCUCAAAUGAAAAUGAGCUUAUCUUAAUGAGCGUCCUUAAUUGCCUGUAUGACUCAGUCAGCCAAAUUCUAAGGAAAAAUUUAGAAAAAAGAGCAGUAUUAGAAUCCUUGGACAUUGUCAUGCUUGCUAUGGAUGAGAUUUGUGAUGGGGGAAUUGUAAUAGAUGCUGAUUCCAGCUCAGUAGUGUCAAGAGUCGCCCUUAGAAGUGACGACAUACCCAUAGGAGAGCAAACAGUUGCUCAGGUAACCAACGUUCUUAACUCAUUAUUUUGGUGAUGUUAUUUUUACCAAUUCAGUAUUUGUUAUGGUCUUUCAAACAGCAAAAGAGCAGUUGAAAUGGUCUUUACUUAAGUGAAGUUAGUAUUAGAGGAAUGUGAAAAGUGUAUUUAGUGUGAUGAUAUAUUAUUUACAAUAAAAAAUGUAAUAUUUA